GCUACCUUUGGCUCUGCCUCCAGUCCCUCCCAGCGGGCUAAGAAACUGGAGCCCAGCACCUGCAGCCCUAUAAGGAAACCAGACGUCGCGCAACUGGGGUCAUCGAAUAGCCGAGCUAAGCGGGGGACUCGAAAGGAAAGGGGGAGACGAGUCCCAGAAGGCCAGCUGCUAUGGCCUUCCCGCCCUUUGGACAUCCGUAUGGCGGCGCAUCCCAGUUUCUGGUGUCUGCAAGUUCCAGUGCCACUUGCUGUGAACCGGCCCCUCCUCGGUCGGUGUCAGAUGUGGCCUCAGCCUCCACCUCUGCCUCUACUCUUUGCUGUACACCCUAUGACAGUCGGCUGUUGGGCAGUGCUCAUCCAGAACUGGGGGCUGCCUUGGGCAUUUAUGGAGCACCCUAUGCAGCUGCCCAGAGCUACCCUGGGUACUUGACCUAUGGCCCAGAGCCACCCCCACUGUGUGGUGCGCUGAAUCCCCAGUAUGAGUUUAAGGAUGCUGCAGGAAGCUUUACCCCAAGCCUGACCCAGCCAGGGGCUUAUUACACCUAUGAGCCAACUCUGGGGCAGUAUCAAUAUGACAGGUACGGUGGAGUGGAGUUGGGCAGUGCUGGCCGCAGGAAGAAUGCCACUAGGGAGAGCACCAGUGCACUAAAGGCCUGGCUCCAUGAGCACCGCAAGAACCCGUACCCCACCAAGGGGGAGAAGAUCAUGCUAGCCAUCAUCACCAAGAUGACCCUCACCCAGGUGUCCACCUGGUUCGCCAACGCCCGCAGGCGCCUCAAGAAGGAGAACAAGAUGACGUGGGCUCCCAAGAACAAAGGUGGGGAGGAGAGGAAAGCAGAAGGUGGAGGAGAAGAUUCUCUGGGCUGCCUGACCCUGACCAGUGACACCAAAGAUGCUACUCCCACUCGGGAGGCCCAGGGGCUGCGGCUGAGUGACCUGGAAGACCUGGAGGAAGAGGAGGAAGAGGAAGAAGCAGACGAAGAGGAGACAGCAGCCUCAGCAGCCCGCAGGCUGGCCGAUUUUCAUAAGAGCGCGCAGUCUCUGCCUGCGCCCUGCGCUGCCACUCAAGAGGGCCGCUUGGAGAGCAGAGAGUGCUGCCUGGCGGUACCCGGCUUCUCUUACACUGAGACCCGAUCAGAAGCUGACUUCACUACAAUGCAGCCAAGCGGCCCCACGAUGAUCGUGCACUACCCAAGCGGCCAGAAACACCGCAUUUGGUCCUUGGCUCACACUGCGGCAGCCAACGCUGUUGAAGGUGCUCCCCCAACUCCGCCCAGGGCCCAAAGUCCAGAGGGCCACUUCAUUCCCAGACAGCCCAGCUCCAUCAGGCGACUGCUGGCCCCUAGAGACUCCAGAGGAGAAGAGGAUUCUUGUACAGCCAAAGCUUUUGGAAACUCCACAUUCACCCUGCAGGGGUUGCCACUGAACUGUGCGCCAUGCCCGAGGCGGAGAGAGCCUGAAGUGCGGUUCCAGUAUCCAUCUGGAGCAGAAGUUUGGCUCUUGGGCAACAGCUGCUCCCGCCCCGCCCCACCCCCCAGCUCCCCUAGGGACUUUGCCGUCGCCCUCGCUGACCUGAGGCUUAGGGUCCGGAAAAUUAAACUGCGAAAAGAUAAACAUUAUUUCCAGUCGGCUUUGCCGGAUUAA